UGCUUGAAGUGAGUGGUUCCAACUGAGGACUUUCUUAUCAGACCAUGGAAACCAAGAAGUGGAGGUAAAACAAGAAGAAGAAGAAGAAACUUCCUGCUGGCUGAACAGGAGAGCAGAGUUUCAUCCGAGGGAUUACUGGACUCUUCAUUAAUGUGCUCGUGUCAUGGUGAUCUCCUACAUGAUCGUCUCUUGUUGACAGGAGCCUCUGUGUGUCUUGGAUUUCCCCAAAGGAUCAAAGUUUGUUUUCUGAGCUGAGGAGUGUGUGAAUGAAGUGUGCCGAAGCAGGAAACAUGUCAAGCGGACAAUUCAGUCACCUGUUGAGGGGAGUCUGGCUGCUGUGGCUGUGGCAAGUUGUGUUUGUGUCUGGAACUGGGAGCAAACUGUGGGAGGUGCCCACAGCCUCCUUUACUUCCUCCUCCAACCUCAGUGAGGGCCUGCAGUGUCAGUACCGCCACCUACAGGACAGAGUGAGGAUCACAGCAGACAUCCCCCCAAGACUGGACGGCACAUGGGUGUCAACAAGGUGUGAAGUUCGGCCCGGUCCAGAGUUCCUGACCCGAUCCUACACCUUCCACCCGAGCCGUCACUUCCAGGCCCUGCAGCACUACUACGCAGACAGCGGCUGUGAGGACCCGACCUACUCUCUGAUGAUCAGAGGGAAGCUUCGUCUGCGCCAGGCCUCCUGGAUCACCCGCGGGGGCACCGAAGCUGAACACCACCUCAGCAAGGUGGGCAUCGUGGUCCACAGCCUGGCAGCCAAGCAGAGGCUGGCCUCCAGGCUGCCCGCGGCCUGCGUGGGUCUGGCCCUGGGUCGAGUGGUGCCGGGGAAGCCGUAUGAGCUGUACAACACCCGGGCGGGGAGGGGGUGUCUGGCAGCGCUGGGCUUCUCCAUGAUGGAGAUGGGACUGAUACGGGUGGAGACGCAGCACCACGGCCAUGGAGGGAAGGUCCAGGAGCUGCUGCUAGGGGACAUCCACACAGACUGGACUCAGAGGACUCAGUACAGGCCCACAGGCUACCAGCAGCCCCUGCAGAACGCCAUGCACCACAUCCACCCCUGCCCUGUGUGUGCCCUGGUGUACCGCUCCUCCGAGCAGCGCCCCCCAGUGUUGCCCCGCAGUACUGCACCUCCUCUGUCUCUGGCCGGCCGCUGGGUCAGUCAGCGCUGCGAAACCCGUCCCAACGUCCUCUUCCUCACCCGAGACUUCACCUUCGAUCCCGACCAGCACGCGUGGGAGGGCGUCUACCGGCACUACUCGGACCCUUCCUGCUCUCAGCCCACUUUCACCCUGAGAGCCUCGGGCCACUACGCUCAGGGAAACCCCUCCGCCAAGGUCUCAGGGGCCACUGAGUUCGUCUUCAAGGUGAUCGAGGUGAGAGCCACAGCCGUGGAGGAGCCCACAGCCAAGCUGCUGAAUGGGACGAGGCCUGGAAAGUGUGGUCGAGCAGGAGGCUGGGAGGUCGGGGUGGAGCAGGACUUGACUCCCACUGAUGGGUGCACCCUGCUGGGCAUCAGGCUGCCACAUAAGGAGUACGAGCUCUUCAAGACGGAGCUGGAUCACAGGAAGCACCCGCUGCUGUUCAUCGGAGAGAGGCCCACCGACGGGUCCAGUCCAGACCGACCGCAGAGGAGGCCCACUUCCUUUCAGGCUCCCAUGGUGCUUUGCAGUGGGGGCCACGCACAGCCUUCACAUCGCUAUGGCUCAGGUUUUAACAGCAAGCAGGUCCAGUUAGCAGCCAGCGGGACGGCAAGACUGGUGCAGCUGCUGUUACUGGUGCUGGGAUCUGUGCUGUGCAGCGGGUUCUGUGUUUAUUAGAGACAAAUCAAACCUGUUACGCAGCUGUGGUCAUUGACGGACAUUGUUUUCUGGCAGCUUUGUUUCACUCUUCCACCAUAUGAUGAGACUCUCAGGAGAGCUGAAUCAUUUUUGAUAUCCGGCUUUCAGACGCUGCCUAUAGAUUCACUUUAAUGACUCUUAACUUCAGCUGCAUUUCUACCUAAAACUAAUCUGUAUAUAAACCACCAACAUAUACAAAUGCCAUCAUUUC